AAUACCUUUUCCCAAAGCUGUCUUUCAAUUCAGAUAAAAGGAUUUCAAUUGGAUUAUCUCACGAAAGCAUCGGAAGUGAAAGAUCCCGUCUAUAAGCACACGUUGACACAUCAUUUAGCCGAAUAUAUGAUUGAACAAUAUCCGGACGGUUCGGAUUUAUAUUCGGAAUUUGGUGCUGUUGCAAGAACCGCCAGAGUGAGCGAUUUCUUGCUUAGAUCUUAUAAUAUUCAACUGAUUUGUUACUUAUUUCAGAUAGAUUACGAUGAGUUAGAGACGAAUUUGAAGAAAAUGGAGCAAGAUUGUAAAUCGUCGUGGGAGUAUCUGGCAAAAAUCAGUAAAAAUGACAGUUCAUCAUCGAUGAAACAGAAGAUCAACGACUACUUAACGGAUGUGGCACAACGAAUUCUGCAACUUAAAACAAUAUUUCGAAUCGCAAUGAAUAGGUGGCAUGCGUUUCUGUUGUUCUUUGGCUACAGUAUCCAAGAAGUGCCCUCGAUCAAGCCAAUGCAAGUGUGUAAGAUGGUUAUUGAGUUUGCGUUGGAGUAUCGUACCACUCGCGAUAAGAUACUUCAACAACGUAAACGAUUGGCUGAUAAGCGAGAACGAAAUAAGACUCGAGGUAAAAUAUGGGCAUUGGAAGGACAACAACAGCAAGACGGUAAAGACGUGAAUGCGGUCAGUGGUAUGUCAAGAAGACGUGGCCCUGCUGCUGUCCAAAUGAACGCUCAACAGAGACAUGAAGAAAUGUCUCGUAUGCUAACGGGUGGAGAUGAUUCACUGAAGAGAACUCGAGGGCGUCGCACACCAGAACCCUCUCCGGCCGCUAUUAUCGCUAAUCAACGAGAAAUGUUACGCUCGGUCGGACUACCAGCGGAUGCAACGAACGCAAACAUCGAAUCACCUGAAGACGCCAUUCUGGAUGGUCUAGUGAAGGCAGCAACUGUUCAGAGUGAGCCUCGCGACCAUCGACGACGAGCGAGACAAUUCAAUCGGAAAUCAUUACGACGAACACGAACACUGAAACUGGUGGAUGAUCAACCGACUGGAACGACCGUCACAAACGCCUGA